CCGACGUGGAGCAGGAGCUGCUGUUUCCGGACUAAGAUGGCGGCAGCGAGGGCUCUGAGGAGCUGUAGUUGGAGCGCCCGGCACCUGCAAGAAAAUCUAUCAGGAUAACAAUAAAACAUUUUAACCAAGUCAUAGGCAUCAUGAUGUAAUCACCUGCUUGGACCCAGUCAGAGUUGUGUUCAUCAUAUUCAAAUGUGCAGUAGUGUUCAUGUUGUGAAGCCAAAAUAUACAUGUCUCUUUGGUUAUUCUUCUUUCAAGUUUAGUCAUCCACAUCGGUUAUUGAGAACAACUAGUACUGUAAAUGGACAGAUCCUUCAGUUUAAACUCUCAGACAUUGGAGAAGGGAUUACAGAAGUGACAAUUAAAGAAUGGUAUGUAAAAGAAGGAGAUACUGUGUCUCAGUUUGAUAGCAUCUGUGAAGUACAAAGUGAUAAAGCUUCUGUUACCAUCACUAGUCGCUAUGAUGGUAUCAUUAGAAAACUCUACUAUGGUGUAGAUCAGAUUGCCCUUGUGGGGAAGCCAUUAGUAGACAUAGAAACAGAAACUUUAAAAGGAGUAGACAGAACAAGAGACAGAACAAAACUGGUUAAUAAAGAUUCAGAAGAAGAUGUUGUUGAAACACCUGCAGUGUUUCAUGAUGAACAUACCCAUCAGGAGAUAAAGGGCCACAAAACACUAGCAACUCCUGCAGUUCGUCGCCUUGCCAUGGAAAACAAUAUAAAACUGAGUGAAGUUGUUGGAACAGGAAAAGACAGUAGAAUCCUUAAAGAAGAUAUUCUCAAUUAUUUGGCAAAGCAGACAGGAGCUAUUUUACCUCCAUCACCAAAGUCUGAAAUCAUCCCACCUUUACUAAAAUCUGAAACAAUUCAGUCUAUUCCUGUACCAGUAUUAAAACCUAAAGUAUUUACAGGCAAAGAUAGAACAGAGCCCAUAACAGGCUUUGCGAAAACUAUGGUCAAGACCAUGUCUAUGGCCAUGAAGAUUCCUCAUUUGGGUUAUUGUGAUGAAGUUGACCUUACUCAGUUGGUUAAGCUACAAAAAGAAUUAAAGCCCAUAGCUUUAGCCCGUGGAAUUAAACUCUCCUUUAUGCCUUUUUUCUUAAAGGCUGCAUCUUUGGGAUUAUUGCAAUUUCCUAUCCUCAAUGCUUCAGUGGAUGAAAACUGCCAGAAUAUAACAUAUAAGGCUUCUCAUAAUAUUGGAAUUGCUAUGGAUACUGAACAAGGGCUUAUUGUCCCCAAUGUGAAAGAUGUUCAAUUCCGUAGUGUGUUUGAGAUUGCCAUUGAGUUAAAUCGUCUACAGAAACUGGGUUCUACAAAUCAUCUGGGAACUGCUGAUGUCACAGGGGGAACAUUUACGUUGUCCAACAUUGGAUCAAUUGGUGGUACCUAUGCCAAACCAUUGAUAUUGCCACUGGAAGUAGCAAUUGGAGCUCUUGGAGCCAUAAAGACUGUGCCUCGGUUUAAUGAGAAAGAUGAAGUAAUCAAAACACAGAUAAUGAAUGUGAGCUGGUCCGCUGAUCAUAGAAUUAUUGAUGGUGCUACAGUGGCUCGAUUCUCUAAUUUAUGGAAAUCCUACUUGGAAAAUCCAGCUUCUAUGUUGCUAGAACUGAAAUAAACAUCGAUUUGAAACAUUCUUGAACUUUCUGGGCAUCAGAAGAAUGUAUAAAACCUAGCUAUGCUAGAACACAUUCUCUAUUGAAGUUCAUAUUAUGUGAAUGAUUAUAUUACAUGACCAAGAUCCCACAGUAAAGUGCCAAUCUCUCUUACCAUGUUGCAGCUUUUAAACUUAAAUGGGUGGCUUUAUUGUAGCUCUCCUAAGGUUGCCAAAUUUUAUAAAACAGUGUGAUGUGUAACAUCUUAAUGUAGUGCUGAGAUCUUAAAUGUAAGGGAUGCUGGUAACAACAAGACUGACAUUACUGAAAACUAAUAUUUAUAUAUGCUAUCUCAGUAUGGUAUUUUAACUGUCUCUUAAGGGUUGGGAAAAUGAAUUUAUAUACAAUAAUAUUUCUCUGCCUAGUAUUAAUUGUACAAAUUCUUAAAUAAAGUGCACUUAUGUUUAUCUUUAAAGAUGUUCAGUAGACUUCUAUUAUUCAGUAAUGUUAUUUUCAUUCCUAUAAAUGUCUCAUCCCUUAUAAACACUACCUUAAACCUUAAAAGUGGGAAAACUGAAAUGAUCUUAAAGAAAUCCUGAAAUUAUAUUUUAGAACUAAUUCCCCACUAUCUACCUUCUCUAUUUCUCUAUAUAUGAUACUGGAGAAAGUCAUACAACUAUGCUAACUGGGUCCACUGCAAAUUUGUUAACCUAAUCUCAGCUGAGCAAUCGCCAUUGCACAGCAACCUUUUUAUUCUUCCCUAAUUAAUUAUCAUGCUCUCUAGAGUAGUUUUUCCAAACCUAACUUUCUCUCCUAAAUCUCUUCUUAUUACCCUUUCUGCUCUCCUUGUCUCUUGCCUUACUAGGAAAAUAGAGAUAUCUGCCAUAAGCUUCCUCUUAAGGAUUUUCUAGAAUCCCUUUCACACACUUGGGAUUCUAGAAAAAACAGGCCUACCAGCUGAUCUAAGCUCCACAUUCCAUCACUUGUCCUCAAGUCUUUUUUUAGGCUAUCCUCUGUGCCUGGAAUGCCUUCCUUCCUCACCAUAGCUUCCAUCAAAGCUGAGCUCUGGUGCCACCAUUUCCUGUGUAAAGACUUUCUCUCUUCUCCCCAGUUGUUGGUGUUCCUCUUUCCUUCAAAUUAUUUUGUAUUUUUUGUACACAUGUUGUAUCCCCCAGUUGGAUGGAAGCUCCUUCAGUGUAGGAACUACUUCCAAUUUUUUGUCCUUUUUUUGUCUUGGUAUUCCCAUUUCCUAGCACAGUGGCUUGCAUAUGAUACAAGUUGAAGCUUAAUAAAUGUUGAAUUAUCAGUAAAUUCUUUAAGGAUAAUUAUCUAAAUCAGCUUUCUAAUGUUCUUGAUCCUUAUAAAAUUGUAGUUUGGGGAUUCUUUAACAAUCAUCUCAGUGUUACUAAUUUAAAGGAAUACAUUUUGAGAAAUUUAUUCAUUUCUUAUAUGGGAAAAUCUUGUAGCUCUUCAUUUUACAUGUAGCAGUUUCUUCCCUUUCCCUCUCUCUGGGAUUUUACUGCCUUCUUUAUUGCCCCUGCUGAACCAAAAUAGUGUAAGCAUUUAUUACUAAGCACUGGUAACAAGAAGUUAUUUUUUCUUGUUCUUAGGAGGAAACUAAGUAAUAGGGGAAAGGCAAACCAAGGACAAUUAGAGUAGAAAGAGAACAAAUAAAAUACACUGUGUUAGCUGGGGAAUUUUUUGUCCCUGUGUGUUCAAAGCAAAUAUGUGGAUGACCAGCUUGUGAGGGACAUUGGAAAAAGGGCUUAUGCAUCCUUGACCUUGGUAACCUAUAAGGUCUUUUCUAACUCUGGAAACUUUUCCAACUCUGUGAUUUUAGAAUAAAAAUAGAAAAUGAUUGAGCAAUCUAAUAGAUUCCCUCUGUAGCAUUAAAGGGAGCAUGAGCCAAGGUUGACUUUCAUUCAGAAAUACAAACUUGUUUUAAUGCUGUGCAAUUGAAUGUCACGUGCUAAAUAUAUUGACUCAAGGUUUGUGAUAUUAAAAGAGAGAAAGGCUUCAUGUUUGUAUCAGCAUUUUGAUUUAUAGUUCUAAUGAAAAAAAUUAAACCACUUAAAGAGAAUCUGAGCAUAGGAGAGAGAGUUGACUUUCAAAUGUAUAGAAUUGUAAUAAUUUUGCACUUAAUUCAUUAUUGAAAAGUAUAUUGUAUUAUCUGAUUUAAAAGAAAAAUUCAUGUAUCUUUUGGAAUGGAAUUUUUCAAUAAAAUUUUUAAUAAUCUUU